AUGCCCCACCUGAUACCACCCAAACUGCAAAACGACCUGCUCAAACCCACAAAGCAGAGAGCCUUCCGAGGUUUCCGCUUCCACACCGUCGGCCUUGGCGAGCCCUGGAGGGGAUUUGCCACGAAGUUUCUGGCCUACGAGCGGACACUGCGUCGACUGCUGGACACGACGCUGCAGCCCGAGGAUUUGGUGAUGCUCCUGGAUGCCUGGGACACAGUAAUCCUGGCACCUGCUGAUGAGCUCCGGGCCAAGCUUUCAGCGAUUCCUGCCAAGACCAUCCUCGGGGGCACGGAGUGUGUUUGCGGCCCGAACCACUUCUUGGUUGCGCAGAUGGAAGCCCUCUACCCGGAUGGCACGACGCCUUGGCGUUACCCCAACUCUGGUGGACUCGUGGGUCCGGCAGAGACCAUGGCGGAUUUGCUCGACGGCCUCAUCCAUGACACAGACGGCGCCGGGUCGCUGCCUGCAGAGGAGAACGAUCAGGUCAGGCUCCACGACUUCCUGAUUGCUCGGGCAGCGCGCGGGAGCCGGUACCCCUUUGUGCUGGAUACGCAGUGUUCCGUGUUCCAGUGUAUGUACGAGGAGCAGCCGCAGUGGGAUGUGAUUUACGAUAGCGACACCUCUCCGCCAAAGCCGCGGAUAGAGAACCGACAGACACUUCAGAGGCCAGUUGUUGCCCAUGGGAACGGCCACACAGGGCGUUGGUUCCUCUCUGCUUUAUACAGCGAGAUGAAGCUUUUGGACCAUCUGGGACUCCGCAUGGAAGAGCUACAGCACCUGCAACACGAGAUGCCCGUGCCUCCGGGCACUGAGGUUACCGAGGAAAUCAAGGCAGAAUAUUGCCCUUGGUGGUACAUGCCUGGAGUGCACAAAGGUGCAACUGACGGCUUUGCGACAUUCAGGAUGAUUCGCGAGAUGCAGUGCGGACCGGCAAGCCAGAGAUAG